UCAAUUCAAACUCCAAAAUCCCCCCAAUUUCUGAAAUUUUCCCUUCAAUGGCACCAAAGGCAGAGAAGAAACCCGCAGAGAAGAAGCCAGCUGCUGAGAAAGCUCCUGCCGCCGCCGCUGAGAAAUCAAAGGCCGGCAAGAAGCUGCCCAAGGACGGCGGAGCCGCUGCUGCCGGAGACAAGAAGAAGAAGAGAUCGAAGAAGUCGAUUNAAACAUCUACUUCACUCAAUUCAAACUCCAAAAUCCCCCCAAUUUCUGAAAUUUUCCCUUCAAUGGCACCAAAGGCAGAGAAGAAACCCGCAGAGAAGAAGCCAGCAGCUGAGAAGGCUCCUGCUGCCGCCGCUGAGAAAUCAAAGGCCGGCAAGAAGCUGCCCAAGGACGGCGGAGCUGCUGCUGCCGGAGACAAGAAGAAGAAGAGAUUGAAGAAGUCGAUCGAGACUUACAAGAUCUACAUCUUCAAGGUGCUGAAACAGGUUCAUCCAGAUAUAGGUAUUUCAAGCAAGGCUAUGGGAAUCAUGAACAGCUUCAUCAAUGAUAUCUUCGAGAAGCUUGCUCAGGAGUCUUCUAGGCUUGCUAGGUACAACAAAAAGCCUACCAUCACUUCUCGAGAGAUUCAAACUGCUGUCCGAUUGGUCCUUCCCGGUGAAUUGGCUAAGCACGCCGUCUCUGAGGGUACUAAGGCGGUUACCAAAUUCACUAGCUCUUAGAGAUUUGUUAGUUUUGUAUCGAUUUUUCUGUUGGAUUUAUGAUUUUCGAUUAGGUUUGGUGAUGUAAAGAACAGAAAAAUUGAAUAUAGAAUAGAUUUGAGUGAGUUCAGUAAAUGAAAUUGUUAUAUCCAAUUUUUCUAUUCUAAUAGUU